AGGGCACUACAUAGGGUACAUUUUCUUAUUCAUCAAGUGCACUUAUGUAGGGCGUGAUGUAGUAGUUUUGGAUGGGUCCGAGGUGUGAGUUAUUUGGUAGCACGUCUGCAUGUGUUCGUACCGAACCAGCAUGUGUUUGUAAUUAAAUGGACAGAGAUACAGGAGAUGACGGAGAUCUGCAGCGACAGGUGGAGGAAAUCGAAGCCCUUUCCUCUAUUUAUGGGGAUGAGUGGUGUGUGAUCGACGAGGCUUCUAGGGUCUUCUGCAUCAAAAUAUCAGAUGACAUUUCUGAACCCAAAUGUUCAGUGUGUCUGCAGAUCAUUCUGCCUGAAGACUACCCAAGCGCCUCACCUCCUAUAUACCAAAUUAACGCCGCAUGGUUAAGAGGUCCAGACAGAAUCACGCUAUCAAACAGCCUCGAGGAACUCUAUCUGUAA